AUCAAUAAUUUCAGUCUUUCAACUUGUAAGCUUCUUCUCUUCUUCCUGAUCUCUCUUUUUCUCUCCCAACCAUUAAAAUUAAACCUCUCUUUUCUUGCAACCUAAGGUAGCUUCUCUAGGUUACUUUUUGAUCUUUCUUCUGAAAUGCGUCUCAAACUUUUUCUCUUCUUCUUCUUCUUCUUUUGCUUCAGCAAUAACCAAUCAUGGGGCUUGAUGAGUUCAAACCAACAACCUCAGUUCUUCAAGCUUAUGAAAAGCUCUCUCUUCGGCGACGCUUUGUCAUCUUGGAAUGUUUCUGACGACGUUGGUGCUUACUACUGUGACUUCACCGGGGUACGAUGCGACGGUCAAGGGCUAGUAACCGAUCUUGAUCUUUCCGGUUGGUCACUCUCCGGGGUUUUUCCAGAUGGGAUUUGCUCUUACUUCCCAAACCUUCGUGUCCUUCGUCUCUCUCGCAACCAUCUCAACAGAAGCAGUAGCUUCCUCAGCUCCAUCCCUAACUGUUCUCUGCUUCGAGAGCUUAACAUGAGCUCUCUUUAUCUCCAAGGAACUCUCCCUGACUUCUCAUCGAUGAAAGCUUUAAGAGUCAUCGACAUGUCUUGGAACUACUUCUCUGGUAGCUUCCCUUUCUCGAUCUUUGAUCUCACUGACCUAGAGUAUCUCAACUUCAAUGAGAAUCCAGAGCUAGACCUCUGGACUCUUCCGGAAUCUGCUUCUAAGCUCAAGAAGCUCACACACAUGCUCCUGAUGACGUGUAUGCUCCAUGGUAACAUCCCAAGAUUCAUUGGUAACUUGAGUUCUCUUGUUGAUCUUGAACUUAGCGGAAACUUUCUCUACGGUGAGAUUCCAAAAGAAAUUGGGAAUCUUUCCAACCUAAGGCAGCUUGAGCUUUACUAUAACUAUCACUUAACCGGGAAUAUACCGGAGGAAAUCGGUAAUCUCAAGAACCUUACCGAUAUCGAUAUCUCGGUUAGCAGGUUAACCGGAAGCAUACCGGAUUCAAUUUGUACUCUUCCAAAACUACGAGUGCUUCAGCUUUACAACAACAGCUUGACUGGUCAGAUUCCCAAGUCACUUGGCAACUCAAGAACCUUGCAAAUCUUGUCUCUCUACGACAACUACUUAACCGGUGAACUCCCGCCAAAUCUCGGAUCUUCCUCGCCUAUGAUCGCUCUUGACGUCUCGGAAAAUCGCCUCUCCGGUCCUCUUCCGGCACACGUUUGCAAAUCCGGUAAGCUUUUGUACUAUCUUGUCCUACAAAACCGUUUCUCCGGUACAAUCCCUGAGACUUAUGGGAACUGCAAGACCCUCAUACGGUUCCGUGUUGCGAGCAACCGUCUCGUGGGAACCAUACCACAAGGAGUUAUGUCUCUGCCUCAUGUCUCAAUCAUCGACUUGGCUUACAACUCCUUGUUUGGUCCAAUACCUAAUGCUAUUGGAGGCGCUUGGAAUUUGUCAGAGCUGUUUAUGCAGGGUAACAAAAUCUCCGGUGUUAUACCUCACGAGAUCUCUCAUGCCACCAAUCUUGUGAAGCUUGAUCUCAGUAACAAUCAAUUGUCUGGUCCAAUACCAUCAGAGAUAGGAAGACUGAGGAAACUGAACUUACUUGUGCUGCAAGGCAACCAUCUUGAUUCUUCCAUACCUGAAUCGCUUUCUAAUCUUAGAUCUCUCAACGUUCUUGACCUGUCCAGUAAUCUCCUUACCGGAAGAAUCCCUGAAGAUCUCUCUGAGUUGCUCCCAACCUCGAUAAAUUUCUCCAGCAACCGGCUCUCUGGUCCCAUCCCUGUCUCGUUAAUAAGAGGAGGUCUUGUAGAAAGCUUUUCGGAUAACCCUGAUCUCUGUGUUCCUCCAACAGCUCGUUCAUCGGAUUUGAAGUUUCCGAUUUGUCAAGAGCCUCGCGGAAAGAAGAAGCUGAGCUCUAUUUGGGCAAUUCUUGUCUCAGUCUUCAUCCUUGUCUUAGGGGUCAUCAUGUUUUACUUGAGACAACGGAUGAGCAAAAACAGAGCAGUGAUAGAGCAAGACGAGACCUUAGCAUCUUCUUACUUCUCUUACGACGUCAAGAGUUUCCACCGCAUUAGUUUCGACCAAAGGGAGAUUCUUGAAGCUCUUGUCGACAAGAACAUUGUAGGUCACGGUGGUUCGGGUACGGUCUACAGAGUAGAGCUUAAAUCCGGAGAAGUAGUCGCGGUGAAGAAACUAUGGAGCCAAAGCAGCAAAGACUCAGCUUCUGAAGACAAAAUGCAUUUAAACAAGGAGUUGAAAACCGAAGUUGAGACACUCGGGAGCAUUCGCCAUAAGAACAUUGUGAAACUCUUCAGCUAUUUCUCAAGUUUGGAUUGUAGUCUUCUGGUGUAUGAGUACAUGCCUAAUGGUAACUUAUGGGACGCUCUUCACAAAGGCUUUGUUCAUCUCGAGUGGCGUACUCGUCAUCAAAUCGCGGUUGGGGUCGCUCAAGGAUUGGCUUACCUUCACCAUGACCUCUCGCCACCAAUCAUUCAUCGCGAUAUCAAAUCGACAAACAUCUUAUUGGAUGUGAACUAUCAGCCUAAAGUUGCUGACUUUGGCAUUGCAAAGGUGUUACAAGCUAGAGGGAAAGAUUCAACCACAACCGUUAUGGCUGGCACAUAUGGUUACUUGGCUCCAGAAUAUGCAUACUCAUCGAAAGCAACGAUCAAAUGCGAUGUGUACAGUUUCGGGGUAGUGUUAAUGGAGCUCAUCACAGGGAAGAAGCCAGUGGAUUCAUGUUUCGGGGAGAACAAAAACAUAGUGAACUGGGUGUCAACAAAGAUUGAUACAAAAGAAGGAUUGAUUGAGACACUAGACAAGAGACUAGCCGAUUCAUCGAAAGGCGAUAUGAUCAACGCCUUGCGUGUAGCUAUCCGUUGUACCAGCAGAACUCCAACAAUCCGUCCUACCAUGAACGAAGUCGUCCAGCUUCUGAUUGACGCAGCACCUCAAGGAGGACCUGAUCAUAUGACCUCUAAAUCAACAACAACCAAGAUUAAGGACUUAGUACUAUCAUCAGAUCAACUCACACAAACAAGACUCUAGUCUCAUGCUUUCUCGAUGAAGAGGUGUUAGCAUCAGAGAUCAUAUAACUUCUAAAGAUAUCCUGUAUUUAAAUAUAUAUCAUAGAAGAAACUGCUUAUAUAUAUAGUCUUUUAAUACU